AUGUCUUCUCACAAGGCUUUCAGGAUCAAGCAGUUCCUGGCCAAGAAACAAAAGCAGAACCGUCCCAUUCCCCAAUGGAUUCGAAUGAAAACUGGUAAUAAAAUGAGGUAUGACUCCAAGAGAAGACAUUGGUGAAGAACCGAGCUGGGU